AUGGCAAUACUCCUGUCGACUCUGACGAUUAUAAUCUUAGGUUUGUAUGGAAUUCACUGCAAUGAGGUAUGCAGCUUUAACCGCUUGUGCACUUGUAGAAGAUCCCACCAUGAAGUCAUAUGCCGAGGAGUACCAUUUUCAGCUUUCCCAAAUUUACCUACAGAAACUAUAUAUCAAGUUACAAUGAUACGUACGGGACUUGAAGUGCUUCCCAGCAAGUCAUUCGAAGGCACAAGUGUAGCAUCCUUACACUUAAUGCAGAACAAUAUAAUUAUUUUGUCUCCUGGUGCAUUUAACGGAUUAGAAAACAUCUUAACAACCCUUGAUUUGAGCCACAACCAACUUAGGCAAUUUCCAUUGUCCGUCCUGAGUCACCUCAAUAAUCUUCAGUGGCUCAAUCUACAAGGAAACCACAUUGAAGAUAUCCAUGGUGUCAAGUGGUCUCACCUCAACAGCAGAGUAACGUUGAAUACCUUGUUUCUGGGGUCCAACUACAUCGCAAGCAUUCAGGAAGGUGCCUUCGUGAAACUCAUCAACCUUAAUGUCUUGGAUCUGGACGGAAAUUUCAUCCACGAUGUUGGAAGUCACUGUUUCCCCCACUCCCUUCGAUCACUGUCUCUUGCCAAUAAUAUUCUGAAAAAAGUGCCUCUGCAUUCUAUUUAUGCUCUAAAAAAUUUGCGGUUCCUUGACAUAUCCGGAAAUCUUUUCCACAGACUACCUUGUCCUUUCCAUCUGCAUGUAACCCACUUGGACAAAAUGGACCUCAGCAAUAACCUGCUGACCCAUAUCACCGAAUGUGUUUUCAACGGAUCAUUCACCAUUAAAGAACUUCAUCUUGAUUUCAAUUUCAUACGUAGCUUAUCAGCUAGAAGUUUUAAAGGAACAAAACUCGAAAGAUUAAUGUUAGCAAAUAAUCGUAUAAGUAACAUCCAUUCUGAUGCUUUUGCAGGUUUGGAAACUACAUUGACGACUUUAGAUUUAAGUUUUAACUUGAUGGAACAGUUUCCAACUGCUGUUAACGAUCUCAAUGCCUUGUUGUACUUGUCGUUAAAAUCGAACUUAUUAAAAGGCCUCGGUAGAGGAGAUUUACACGGCUCUAGGAACAGCUUAGAAAUUUUGGACCUAUCUGGUAACAUGUUGCAGCAUGUUCCUAAAAAUACAUUAAAGCCUUUGACAAAGCUCAUGCGCCUCAGUUUACAGGAUAACCGGAUUCAGAAAGUUUACCGUGACGAUUUCGAAGGAUGGGGACAAAGCUUAACAACACUGAGUUUAGCAAACAACAAAAUGACGUAUUUAUCUGGAGGUGCUUUUGCUCAUCUCACGAAGCUGAAAGAGCUAAAAUUGUCUUUCAACAAUUUGAUGUACUUAGAUCAAAAUGUAUUUUCGCCUCUUAGAAAAACUUUGGAAGUACUUGAUUUAAGCUCGGCGUUUUCUCAAUCCAACCAUCCUUUGGAGUUGUUCAUCAGUAGUUUGAGUCAUCUUGAGUGGCUGCAGUUGGAUCAUAAUAACAUAUCUAGAUUAUCUUCCACGAGCGUCAAUGCAUUAUCUAAACUGCGUCAUUUAGAUAUUAGCAACAAUGAAAUGGUAGACAUUUCUCCGGAUUUUUUUGUAGCCUCAAAGCAUACGUAUCUUAGUGCCGUCCACAUCAGUAAUAAUGAUUUAAAGCUCAUCGAAAGUGGUACAUUUGAUAAUAUUUUACAUUUGUCAACUGUUGUUUUAUUUGGGAACAAAAUUUCCAACAUUGAAAGCUAUUCAUUUAACAACUGCAAAUAUCUGCACACUCUAGUAAUAUCUAAUAAUGAACUAGUAUCAAUAGGAAGUUCAGCGUUCAGCAACCUUACACGAUUGUCGAACCUCUUCCUUCAAGAUAAUCGUUUAGAGUCAUUUUCAUUUGAAAUGAUUCAAGGCGAAACACCUCCGCUAUACUUGAACCUUUCAAACAAUGCCAUAAAAUACUUAGCUAACGUAAACGAUUCAAUGCCAACGUACGCAAAAGUACGAAUUCUAGAUUUAACAUGCAAUCAAAUUUCUGUGAUACCCGAUUGUUUCUUUGAAACUAUAUCAAGAUAUUUGCUUCAUUUAUUUUUGUCCAAUAAUUUCAUUUCUGCUCUUCCACCAGUUGAGUUGUCAAGUUUACAAGUCUUGCAUCUGUCUUUCAAUGACUUCCGGAGCUUGAACUCGUCUGAUUUGGUGUGCUGUCCAAAUGUUCAAAUUCUGAAACUUGAUCAUAACAACAUAUCAUAUGUAGACGCUGACACAUUCAGACAUAUGAAGCACUUGCGAAUCCUAGAUCUUAGUUAUAAUGCUAUCUCAGAAGUAGAUGAAAAUAUAUUUUCAUCUACAAGCCUGGAAAGAUUGAACUUUUCGAAAAACUAUUUCACUCAAACGCCAACAAGAAGCUUGGCCUCAGUCCGAGAUACUUUAAGACACUUGGAUCUAUCUUUGAACCUCAUCGAGAAUAUAUCUGUUGACAGUUUUUCGAGACUUAACAAACUUCAAGCCUUGAAUUUGUCUUCCAACCACAUAUCUUUCCUUCAUGAAAAGAGCUUUCACCAUUUGAACAAUUUACUGGAGUUGGACUUAUCACAUAACCCCUUAAAAGCAAUUGCAAAUGACGAACCUUUCAGUUCUCUAACCACAUUAUCGUCUCUACACAUGCGUAAUACUAGUCUCAUAUCCAUAACCUCUCUACCACUGCCGCAGCUAAAGUACUUAGAUCUAAAGGAUAACUACAUUUACAAUCUAUCUCAAGAAGUAUUCAGCAUAACUGAUCACAUUCAUUAUUUGGAUUUGUCCGGAAACUUGCUGCAAGAUGUUCCGCUGCAUUUGUGGAGAAAAACUAAGAAGUUGGUUUCUUUAGACAUAUCCCGCAAUCCGGUUGAAGUCUUAGGCGUCAAUAGCUUUUCUGGAUUGGAAAAGUUACAACAUUUGGACAUCAGUGGAUUGUUGCUCAAAAGGUUGGAUCCUAGAACACUUUAUAAUUUGAAAUUUCUAAUCACAGUAAAGACCGACUCCUAUGCAUCUGUGAGAUCUUUCCGUCUUCAAGAUCUACUCUCUCAGGCUCCUGCUCUUAGAAAAGUCACAAUAAACGUAGAGGAAUCAACACUAUCCCACCAAGUGCAAGGAGCUUUCGGCACCAAACUGCGAGAACUAGUCAUCACAGGUCUGAAUCUUCAGAGGAUACUGCCUGACGCGUUUUCCGGUCUUUCCACGCAUGAGCUAACUAUCCGGAUUUGUGGAACCACCGUGAAUAAAUUUCCUGAUGGAUUAUUGCGAUACUUGCCGGAUGUCAGGUAUUUGACUCUGGAUUUGAGGAAUAAUCAGCUAGCCACAAUGGGCCCUGGUGUUUUAGCUGCAAUAGCGAGAGAUGGGCCUGAUGUGCUUCAAACGCAACACAUAUCAGGAGGAGUUCUGCUAGAGGACAACCCAUGGAACUGCAGUUGCGAAUUGUUGUGGCUGGGAAGGUGGCUGAGACGUUGGCUGCGAGAAACGUUCCACGUCCAUAUGCUAAAUGUGGAGGCGGCUCUUUACGUUAACAGCGUCUCAAGAAAAGCCACCUGCUCCGUGACAGGCACAAACAUUAGUCUCGCAAUAGUCGAAUUGCGUUCUACUGACGUGGACUGUGAAGUCAAGGUCAAUAGGUCAUCGCAUCUUCUGAUAAACUACGUAAAUCCAUUAAUUGUCGUAAUGGUGGCACUUUCUUCCAGUUACUUUUAUUUCGCUCAAAUAUGGACUGAACUGAACACAUAUUUAAUUAGGUAGUUCAAAUAGAAUAUUUAUUAUUUAUAUGUAAU